CAGAGGCUAGCGGACCCCAGCCCCCCAAGGUCAUCCCGGAGACUCGUCCAGUGCUCUUCCGACAUGGCAGAGGAGAGCAGCGACACGUUCCCGGCGGGAUCGCCACCUGCACCCAGUCCAGCGCCACCCCCAGUUCGACGCCGCUCCUCCGUCAACUACCGCGCCUAUGCCACCGAGCCUCAUGCCAAGAAAAAGUCCAAGAUCUCGGCUUCUCGGAAGCUGCAGCUGAAGACCCUGAUGCUGCAGAUUGCCAAGCAGGAGUUGGAGCGAGAGGGGGACGAUCGGCGUGGGGAGAAGGGCCGCGUGCUCGGGGAGCGUUGUGCUCCGGUGGAGCUGGCCGGGCUCGGGGUCGCCGAGCUGCAGGAGCUGUGUCGGGAACUUCAUGCCAGAGUGGACAAGGUGGAUGAAGAGAGAUAUGAUUUGGAGGCAAAAGUUACGAAGAAUGUCACCGAGAUUGCUGAUCUGAAUCAGAAAAUCUUUGACCUGAGGGGGAAGUUCAAGCGCCCAGCCCUGCGGAGGGUGCGGAUCUCAGCAGAUGCCAUGAUGCAGGCCCUGCUGGGGGCCCGAGCCAAAGAGUCCCUGGACCUCAGGGCUCACCUCAAGCAGGUGAAGAAGGAUGACACAGAGAAGGAAAGCCGAGAAGUAGGAGACUGGAGAAAGAACAUUGACGCCCUGAGCGGGAUGGAAGGGCGGAAGAAGAAGUUUGAAGGCUGAUGGGGUCAAACAGUGGUCUGCCCCCCAACAAACCUGGGCCCAUGCCCAGCCUUGAAUAAAGCUCUGUCUGAGUCAG